UUGUUUAGUAUUAGUGUCUUGUUUAAAAUAAAUUUGGACUUUUAUUAGGUGUUAUGGACUCCUACGCUGGCUCCGGGGACCUUUACACUUUCACCUGCCACAAAUGCUCCAGGGCGUACAAGCACAAGUCAUCGUUAAGUCUGCACCUUCGCUUCGAGUGCGGCCAGGAGGGAAUAGGCAGAUCGGCCGUCGUGGUGGAAGCGACAGGGGAGACUCGCUAUGUGUGUGUGGCGUGUGGCAGGCGCUACAAGCAGAAGCGGAACCUGUCGCAGCACCAGCGCCUUGAGUGCGCCAAGGAGCCGCAGUUCGCUUGUAGCAGUUGUCCUUACAAGGCGAAGCAGAAGAGCACCCUCAAGACGCACAUGGCACUCAUACACAAGAUACAAAUGUGAUGUUCCAAUCUGUCCUUCUCCACCACCGAGGUGGACGGCGAGAAGAGGUUUGUCUGUGGUCAGUGCGGGCGCCAGUACAAGGUAAAGGGAAACCUGACGAAGCACCAGAGACAAGAAUGUUGCAAGGAGCCUCAGUUCCACUGUUCCCUCUGUCCGUACAAAGCCAAGCAAAAGGGGACUCUAAAAACUCAUAUGGCACUCAAACAUGUCAAGUUUUCAGUGUAGCAAUUUUCAGUUGUAAUGAUUUGUUUGUAAAUAAAUUACUCGUAUGUUGGUGUGAUUUGA